AUGGCAUCUUCGAAUGAAUGUUCAUCAAGACUUCUGUGCAGCAAAUCUCGCGUGUCACCUCUGAAGUCAAUUACCAUUCCUCGUUUGGAACUUUGUGGUGCAGUUCUAUUGGUAAAACUAAUGAAAGGAAUAUUAGAGGCCAUUCAGCUGCCUAUAGUCAAGGUGUAUUACUUCACUGAUUCGUCAAUAGUGUUAUCAUGGAUUAAGAAGGAACCUUAUCAACUAAAGACAUUUGUUGCUAAUAGAGUAUCUGUUAUUCGCAGCAUGACUGCUGUUCAUGAGAAGUACCAUGUUAGCACUCACAAUAAUCCAGCUGAUUUGAUAUCACGUGGAGCUGAACCUAAAGGUCUUCUUCAUAAUGAAUUAUGGUGGUAUGGACCAACUUUCUUGAUUAAGGAGAGGUUUUUGACUAACGGAAAAAAUUAA